CUGAUGGAUGCAACACACCUUCCGCUCUUGCCCUCACUUGUCCCCCGCCGUCUUCUUCCGACGAUCCUCCCGCCGGCAGCUUUUUUGCUCUCUCACACUCACCGUUUUCUCCUCGCCCUCAUCCUGUGUCCUGUGUCCUGCGUCGUGCGCCCACAGCCAGCCCGCCAGCCCGCCAGCCCGCCAGCUGGCCAACCUCUGCGCGCAACACAGGCUUCCCCAUCAUCCUAGAGCUGGCGGUGACACUUCAGCGUUGCGAGGCCCUGCUCCGCGUCGGGUCGAAUCGAUAAGACUUACUUACACCCACGCCCGCUCACUGGCCCAAUGGGAUAGCCUUUCAGUUACGCAACCUUGAGACUGCACCGCCAAUCAGACCCUCGGUCCGCUCAGCAACAUCGGGAAAUCUCAGCACAAUCCCAAUUCCCCCACGCCCAGGGCAUUGCGAUAGUCGACACAAAUCACAAAUUCACAGGCUGCCUUUCGCCUGGAGGCGUUGCUCGUGGCGACGCACGGCGUGCUGGUUGACCGCGCCGACAUCAUCCUGCCGUCUGCCCGCUGCUGCCUCGCUCACCCCCUCUCGCCUCGCCCUCAAUCCUGUUCGUCGCAGCUGCAGCGCAAGCCUGGCGCCCCUCCUGCGCCGCCCCGGCUUUUCUCCACCAGCGACGACAGCCAAGCCCAGGCCCCGACGGCAGGGGCUCUCCGCACGCCGUCGCCGCAAUCGUCUGUAGGAUAUUUUUCCCUCCGACUGUCCUUUCUACACAGGACCCUCCCGAGGUCUGCCGUCACUCGCGCUCCCAUUGCCAAAGCGCCGGGACCUGCCUGACGCUGUGAUCAUGAUGGAGUCCGCAGGAUGGAAUGACCAGGGUCACUCCAUGCACCCCAGCGCCGAAGAUGACUUCCAGCAGUUCUUCAAUGUGAAUAGCAUGGACAGUCUGUCGGAGGGCCUACAGUUUGACUUUGGCGAUUUUCAGCAUCCAGCCGGGGGAGGCAUGAUGCAAGUCGCACACCGCGAGACACUUGACACACCCAUGAGUGGAACAGAUGGCUCCGUUCUCAUGUCGACAGCCAUGCACAACCCGAUGCAUCCAAUAACGACUGCCCCUUCGAAUCCCGCCUUGCCGGCGAGCAUGAUGUCCACGGCCGCGUCUGUGAACGCCAUCUCGGAAAUCGAUGCGCAGAUUCAGUUCUUGCAACAACAGAAACUGCAGCAGCAACAGAGGCAGUUGGAGGAGCAGCAGGCCGCCUUUUUUGCCCAACAGCAGAGCCGCAUGGUCCCUCCGACCCCACGAAGCCUCGAGAUACAGGCUGGCAAUCACCAGUUCUACACAGCUCAGCCGGACCGGGCCGCUCAGCAACAUCAACAACAAGACAUGUUUGAGCGUUUCCAGAGGAUGAAGGAGCAGCAGCAGCAAGACAUGUCAUUUACUCCUUUGGUAUCUCCGGCCGUCACACCUCUUGAGAGCCAGUUUCCCAUGGACCAAGCAUUCACCGUACCCAACGCGUAUUUCAGUCCCCUCACGUCGCCAGCACUGCAUGCUCAGUCUGACCCAAUGGCCAUGUUCGAGCGUGGCCUAUCCACGGCUACCACCACCAGCUCUCCCGAGGGUAUGGACUUGGAGGCCAGUGCGCCUCCAUCAUCUGGACCAGUAUCCACCGAUUUGGCGAAGAAGGGAAGGAAGAGCACUGCUGCAAAGACACGAGCCAGAGCGAGCGUUGGGAAAUCGCCCAUCACGAAACCGCAACGGAAGAAGACCGGCGCGACACCACUCAUGAACGCCCAAACCCUGAGCGAGCUCACUGAGCAUGCCGAUCAGCCCGCAGAGCCGCAGGCCCGGCCCUCGAAGAAAACGCGACAGACGGAGCCAAGUGGAUUCGCCUCAAACUCAUCCACCACAGGAAUCACGGAUUCGGAGAAUGAUUCCGUUUCUCCAGAGGCACUAUCGGAGAUGCCUCCUCCCCCUCUGCCAAAGACGAGAUCAGCGAAACCCUCGCCGGCUAUACAGCCACAAAACAAUGCGACCCCGACUUUGGCCCCGACCACGGCGGCUCCUCAGCCGUCCGGGAAACCCUCACCUGCCACGCCGGCUUCUCUGAUGAGGUUACCGUCGCCGGCCAAUGCGAACAAAUCAAACAACCCGGCCGGCUCAGAUCAUAUGGCCGCGGAGAAUAUCGAGAACUUCGAGCUGCCAGAGUCGGUCAGCUCGAACUCGUUCAAGAAGCCGGCCCUGGCGCCUCUGACAACGCAGUCACCACAAAUCCGCUCGCCGGCAGCUGAGACGCCAGGAACGGCCUCGUCUUUCCAGCCCUUGCCCUCCCCAGUGUUUGCAAAGCCUGGCGCAGCAGCCUCGGCAAGCCAAAGCCCUCAGCUCACACCAGGAUCUUCAGCAACGACCCCGAACCCGAGGAAAACACCGCAGCUUGCACCACGGAGCGGCAAAAAGAGGGCUAGCAUCAGUUCGUCGCACGUGUCGCCGGCGCUGCGGCCAAAGAUCUCGCCCAGCAUCAAGCCUCUGCUGCCUGGGGGGCUGAGGGCAGAGGACUCGGCCUCGCAGCUUCUCGCAUCCAAGUCCAACUACCAGAACAUCCUGGAGGGCAACAUGGUGCCAGGAGUGUCGUACCCGAGCGAGUUGUCCACUAAUCUGACCUCGAAGCGGACGUCACACAAGAUUGCUGAGCAGGGCAGGCGGAACCGGAUCAACUCGGCCCUGCAGGAAAUAGCGACGUUGUUGCCGAAUGGGGUCCUACCUGAAGGCAAGGACAGCGGAGCAGAGAGCGGCGACAAGAAAGACAAGGACUCGAAGGACUCCAAAAACGGCGGGGGGCCGAACAGCAAGGCGAGCACCGUCGAGCUUGCCAUCGACUACAUCAAACAGCUGAAGAAGGACCUCGAGGCAAAGGACAAGGAGAUCGAAGCGGAAAGGAAGCGGGCCGAGCUGGCGGAGACAAAGCUAAAGGAGAAGGAAGGCGCGGUGUCGUCGUCUUGAUAAGACGACUCAAGUUUUGAUGUUUUGGCGUUUCGAAGGGUGCAUAGAGCCCGCGGUAAUUCAAGGGCUGGGCGGCAACUUGCGUGCGGCCUGUUGCUACUGCUGGGAGGCCCUGGUUCUCAGGUAAUGUCCACAAAACACACGAAGAGGAGCGAUAGGGAAUGACUCUCAUGGGAGAGUCAGUCUGGAGGUAUAGGUCUAGCAUUUACACCCGGGCGUGCUGGGGUUUGGGAGGCUGAUUAGGCCUGCGCUCUAAAGCGAAGAGCGGAACGAUUGCAAGUUCGGAACACUCUAUAUACCACGUAAUAGUCUCGUCUUGUGAUUGGUAUAUCGAGUCGGCAAUGGCCAUGUCCAAUAACAACUAGAUGAGAUAAUACGAUAAGCAAUAAUCAUGUAUACA